GGCAUAAACUUGACACUAUGGAAGUUUACACGUGGAGGUUAGUUUACAUUUCAUGUGUGAUUAAAUAUUAUCUAAAUUUGUUAAAUAUAACGUAAAUCUACACCUAAACUUGUAAUAAAUAUGAAGACUACCGAGAAAAAGGGUAAACAAGGAACGAAAGGUUCGAAACAAAUCAUUGAAGAAAAUGUAUCCACGCUGAAUUUCUACCGUAAUAUGGCCAUAUUUGCCAAUGCCACAUCUUUAAUUAUUUUGGUGUUUUAUAAUUCAUCAAUAAGCAUAGCACUUUAUUUAUUUUCAUGUUUAAUUUAUAUAGGAGCUUAUCAAUUUAUGGUGUACAUGGCUAAAGCAAAAUAUACCGAUUCAGGUCAAAUUGUUGACAGUGGUGUUGAUUUGAAUAUGGAAGGUGGAAUUGCAGAGCAUGUAAAAGACAUUAUUAUCUUAACAGCCGGUUGUCAGCUAUUAGCAAGUAUACUUUCAAAUUAUUUUUGGUUAUUGUGGUUGUUGGCCCCAAUAAGAGGAUUUUGGAUCUUAUGGAAGAAUGUGUUGGGUCCUUAUUUCUUCCAACCUCCAACUGGCGAACCUGAAGUUAAUGAAAAGAAGCAGAAGAAACUGGAAAGGAAAAUGAAAAGAAUGAAUCACUGAUGAAACAAAUUUUUUCGGGUUAUAUUGAUACUGUAACUUUUUUUUUGGGAUUGUGGACAAUUUUUGUUGUUUGUUGAUUAUUUAAGGAUUUAAUAUAAAGGUUUUUU